ACAAGGAACCAUGGGACCAAGGUGCGGGAUGAGGACCACCAAGUGCCAGCUGAUGGUGACCAGCCUCUGUGUCAUGCUGCUGGGGUUGUCCAUUGCCACACUGAGCACAGUCACCCACUACGGGCUCCAUUUCACCCUCAUCAGCAACAUCUCCCUGGAGAGCAACUCCUACAGGGUCAUCCACCACGCAGCUUUCUACUUCGGGAUCUGCCUCAGCAUGACCCUGAUCCUCGCAGCCCUGCUGAGCUCCGCCGCCACGGUGCGGGAGUCACCGUGCCUCACUCCUCAGGGAUUUUUCUGUUUUGCUCUGGCCUUCUGGGGAUUGAUCCCAGCUGCCUGCUGGAGAUACACACACAGCACGGAGGUGGAAGACAGCAUGAUGGAUGUGUAUGAUCUUGUGUACGAGGAGGUGAGGAGGAACACCUCCAGCUUCAGGAGGCACGAGCUGACUGCCAUCCACGAAGCAUUCCUGUGCUGUGGGAAGCACUCCCCAUUUGGGGACACGGCCAACAUUGAGAGCAAGACAUGCCCACCUGGCCCAGCACGUGAUGCAGGACAGGACUGCCUGCAGGAGAUCCAGGACUUCCUGAAGAAGCACAUGGACUUCGUCUCCACCAUCCUGGGUGUCACCAUCGGCUUCACGGUUUAUGGGAUGAUCCUGACUUCAUUCCUCUGGUUCUCCAUCCACUUCAGCAACAACCUGGACCGGAAAGGCAAAUAUAUCUUACGAGAAAGGUAGAGUCCCAUCACCUGGGCAUCUCUACCAGGUCGAGCCUGGUGCAGGAGGAUGUCUGAAGUCACCCACAAAACCCCCCAGGGAAGGCGUGUGGGGCAGGCGGUGGGACGCAUGUCUUGUGUUUCCCCUUCCUGCACUACGAGUUGGUGUGUGUUUCCAAGCUGGUCAGAGCAGACGAUGCUCUGUAGAGGAACAGCCCCACACCUUCACCAAAACCAGACAAGGACUGAGACAUGCACCUGGGCUCGGACGUGCAGAUUGCCUCGCCGGGGGACAUGUGGGCUGUAGCUCCACAGGCAGGUCACAAACAGAGUCUUAUGGCAAAAACAGAGAGAAAAGCCCAGCAAAAAUCAAAUCACAGCAUUAAAACAAACUUCGCUUGCACUGCCGUCUGAGCAGUUCCCUGUGACCCCCAAAGAUGCAGUGUGUCUAGGAAGAUGGCUUUGGAUCACAGCCCAGGACCGAUCCGGUGCUAUCAGCAAAUACAUGGACACAGAGUGUGUCAUUGCUGAUGGGAAAUGUGCUCUCCUAGCCUGGACACUCAUAAUUAUUGACUUUGGGCACAUGCUGGAUCAUGCUCAAGUGUGUAAGCAUCCAACGACCAUCUCCUGUUUUUCUCCCAUUUUCAAAUAUUGCCAGAUUUACAGCGCUUCUGGUAGAAAUCAGGGCAAAAAUCAGAAAGCACUAGCUUUGAAACAAAUGACCAGAAUAAGGACAGAUCCCUCUGUUAUUCCUCCUUGCUAAUGCAAUACAACAUUAUUUUUUAAUUCUGAGGAUUUAGUCAACCUCCUAGAGCUUAAUGCCACACUGAUCUCACAGGGGCUUGUUCAGCUUCCAGCCUUAGCCCUGUGUAUAUCUAGUUUCACUAACCCACCGUGCUGCUGUGCAAUACAAAAGGACUUUGAUAUUACACGUAGAUGCAUGACUGAAGUUUAAAUCUGUAAGAGAACAGGACUGAUCUCCAGCCAGGUCAAACAAUACAAUGUCCAACUCCACGUCCUCUUUACAUCACCUUAUCAAUAAUAAACAGAAAUUUUAAAAGCCUCAAUCAGCUGAAGAACUCAGCUCUCAGUCUAGCUCAAACCUCAGCUCCCUGGUGUGCCUUGCCCUCAUUGUGAGGAGGCAGAGCUGCUUCUGAGCUGAAACCCAUCAUUGCAAUAGAUUUAGCACCUGCUGGAAAACCUGCUGGAAACUACAUGGCUAUGUGAAAUGUUUGUUGAACCAACAACAGCCUUCACCCCUCUCCUUUGUUGUGGCUUUUGGCCAGGAAAAGCAGUAAGUAGCAAUUGUUUAUUGAGAUAAAUGUGGAAACCCCCAUGCUGAAGUUCAGGACAGGUCCUGGCCCUCAGGCAGGGGCUGCUGCACGUACAAGAACAGCAGUACAGCACCUGGUUAGCAUUUUAACAUGGCUGCAAAUAUCUUAUAUUGGAAAGAAUUACAUUGAGGGGGGUGGGAAAGGUCUAUCGCUCUUCAUCCCACUCCCUUGGAACCAGUAGGGCUUCACCACUGACUUCACUCAAAGCAGGAUCAAGUUCAAACUGCUUCGGAUUAUUCUUCAGGCCACCUCCUGGCAGUCACCACCACUCCUUGGUCUAACAGGGAUUUAGUGCUGAUAUGCACUUGCCAACAUACCUGCUUUUUAGCAGUGGAGAAAGAUUCACUUCCAUCUAUACGGGUAAUGUUAAGUAAAUCCCUCUCUAGAGAGAGACAAUCUCCCCUGUGAUCUCCAGCUGGUCUUGUCCAGGCCACUGCUAUUGUUAUUCCUCAGGCCAGCUGGCAACUCAUGUGACUCAUGGUUGCUUCAGUACAGAUGAAUUUCUUGCAAAAGGCUGUCAUUCCUUCUUCUGCUGCCGUGCAUGAGGCUGCCUGCAUUGCUCAGGGGGUUGCGUCAUGGGAGAGCCCUCAAGUAAUUCUUUCAGUGCUGGGAAGAGAUAUUCCCUGGGCAGCUGGCGCUGGCCUGUCCCAGAACCCAAGAGGGAGAGGAUGUCAAUGGUCCUUUGGAGGAAAAGGAGCUGCUCAUCAGACUCGUCCUACCCUUGACCAGCUGCUGGGGCAGCAGGCAUGUACCUCACGCAGAGUAACACAAGCAGGGGCAG